UUGAGGAUGAAGAGAUGCCUUCUGAACAGAGUGUAUCUGCAGAAGGAGUGUCACAGAUGAGGACCCCCAGGGCAGGUUCAUCUCCUGAGAGGGCCCAGCCGUGUAAGAUGUGCAUCCCUGUUUUGAGAGACAUUUUGCACUUGGCUGAAGAGCAAGGAACAAAUAGGGAGCAGAAAGCAUACAGAUGUGGGGCAUGUGGGAAAGAGUUCUGUUUCAGUGCAAACCUUCAAGAGCACCAGAAGCAGCACAUUAGAGAGAAACCCUUCAGCUGUGAUAUGGGGAGACCCGCAUUUUUCAAAAGCUGCAGAAUCCAUGUAAUGGAGAAUCUCUCUACCUACAUGGAGAUUGGGAACAACUACGUGGCCAACAUGGAACUUCAGCCACAGACCACUAAUACCAGGAAGAAACUGAACAACAGUAAGGAGUGUGAAGCUGUUUUUCACAGUGGAAAAGGUCAUCACAGCUGGGGAGAAGGCAAGAAAGCCUCCAGAUACACAGAAAUACUUAUUCAGGAUGAGAGAGUCCUCACUACUGAAGGGUUUUGUGAGUUCAGAGAAUCCGGGAAAGCCUUCACCCAAAGAACUAACCUUAUUCAGCAUGAGCAAAGAGUUAACUGUGGAGGAACGCGCUAUGACUGUAGUGAAUGUGGGAAAUCCUUUAGCCUAAGGAAGUACCUCAGAGCACAUAGGAAAAUCCACAGUGGAGAAAAGCCUUAUGAAUGCAAGGAAUGUGCUAAAUCUUUCAUCCAAAAUGAAUGUGGGAGAUUCUUUACCCGAAAUGAAAAACUCAGUGCCCAUAUGAAUGUUCACACUGGAGAAAAGCCUUAUGAGUGCAAUAAAUGUGGGAAAUCGUUUACGAGUAGGUCGAACCUUUGUAAUCAUUGGAGAGCUCACAGUGGAGUGAGGCCAUUUGAGUGCAGUGAAUGUGGGAAAUUCUUUAGCCAAAAGGCAUACCUCAAUGCCCAUAAGAAAUUUCACACUGGAGAACAGGUUUAUGAGUGCAACAAAUGUGAGAAAUCUUUAACUCCUAGGCUGAACCUCAAGUGUCAUCAGAGAGUUCAUACUAGAGAAAGGCCUUAUGAGUGCAGUGAAUGUGGGAAAUCUUUUGUUGCUAGGAGUGGCCUCCAGUAUCAUCAGAGAGUUCACAAUGGAGAAAGGCCUUAUGAAUGCAGUGAAUGUGGGAAAUCUUUUACUGCUAGCUCUAGCCUUCUUCGUCAUCAGAGAGUUCACAGUGGAGAAAGGCCAUAUGAAUGCAGUGAAUGUGGGCAGUCAUUUACUAGUCGAUCCUCUCUCUAUGAUCAUCACAGAGUUCACACUGGAGAAAGGCCUUAUAGGUGCACUGAAUGUGGGAAAGCCUUUAAGAAAAGACAGCUCCUCCGCAUCCAUAGGAAAAUCCACACUGGAGAAAAGCCUUUUCAGUGCAAGGAAUGUG